GAAAAGAAGUCACAGCCAAUCACCUCCUCUCUCUCUCUCUCUCUCUCUCUCUCUCUCUCGUGCUGUGUGAUUCAAUCUCCUCUCCUCCGCCGCGUCCAGAUCAGGUCGCCGCCGCCGCCGCCUCCUUCCGGUCCGAGAUGAUCACGAUCCCCUACCUUACCGCCUUAACAACAUACUUUAGCUACGGCCUCCUUUUUGCGUUCGGCCAGCUGCGCGAUUUUUUCAGGAAGAUCAUCGAUUGGUGGUCGCAUAACACUCUCCAGGGCUAUGCGCCGAUCUGUUUGGGGCUCGAGGAUUUCUACAUUCGGCGAUUAUAUUUGAGAAUUCAGGAUUGCUUUAACAGACCCAUAUCAAGCUCUCCUGAUGCUUGGUUUGAUGUGGUGGAACGUAUCUCCUAUGACAAUAACAAAACAUUAAAGCGAACAACAAAAGUCAAUCGAUGCCUCAACUUGGGAUCAUAUAACUACCUAGGAUUUGCAGCGGCUGAUGAAUUCUGCACACCUCGUGCCAUUGAAUCCUUGAAGAGUUUUUCUGCAAGCACCUGUAGUUGUCGUGUUGAUGGAGGCACAACUAAAUUGCAUGCUGAGCUCGAGGAAUGUGUUGCGAAUUUUGUACAAAAACCAGCUGCAUUAGUUUUCGGAAUGGGAUAUGUAACAAAUUCUGCCAUUCUUCCAGUGUUGAUUGGGAAGGGAGGGUUGAUUAUCAGCGAUUCUUUGAACCAUAAUUCAAUAGUUAAUGGAGCCCGAGGAUCUGGGGCCACCAUUAGAGUUUUUCAGCACAACAUACCGUCCCAUUUGGAGAGCGUGUUGAGGGAACAAAUUGCUGAGGGACAGCCCAGGACUCACAGACCAUGGAAAAAAAUAAUUGUUGUGGUGGAGGGAAUUUAUAGCAUGGAAGGGGAACUGUGCAAGCUUCCUGAAAUUGUCGCCAUAUGCAAAAAGUACAAGGCUUAUAUUUAUUUGGAUGAGGCUCACAGCAUUGGAGCAGUUGGAAAAACUGGAAGGGGUGUCUGUGAACUCCUAGGUGUUGAUACUGCAGAUGUGGAUGUUAUGAUGGGAACUUUUACUAAAUCAUUUGGAUCGUGUGGUGGAUACAUAGCAGGAUCAAAGGAACUUAUCCGAUACUUGAAAUACAACUGCCCUGCCCAUCUCUAUGGGACAUCAGUAUCUCCACCAGCCGCACAGCAGAUUAUCUCUUCGAUAAAGGUUAUACUUGGGGAGGAUGGUUCUAGCAGAGGGGCUCAGAAAUUAACAAGGAUCCGCGAGAACAGUGACUUUUUCAGGUCUGAAUUGCACAAGAUGGGUUUCGAGGUUUUGGGUGAUAACAACUCCCCUGUGAUGCCUAUAAUGCUCUAUAAUCCUGCAAAAAUUCCUGCCUUUUCACGUGAAUGCCUCAAACGGAAUGUGGCUGUUGUUACUGUUGCUUUUCCUGCCACUCCUUUAUUAUUGGCCCGUGCACGCAUUUGUAUUUCUGCUGCUCAUACCCACGAAGAUCUCAAAAGAGCUUUAGAGGUCAUCAGCGAAGUGGGUGAUUUGGUAGGGGUGAAGUACUUCCCGGCGGAACCUAAAAAGCCGCAGCCAGAGGAAGGCAGAGCUAAGGUAGAAUGAGAAAAUAUAUAUUGUUUUUGUUAGACAUUCUCAGGUCUCAGGUGCAUGGAUACAUACAUACAUACAUACAUACAUACAUACAUGGUAAGAAAUUCUCAAGUCUCCAAAGGAGAUUUGAGACAGACGACAAAGGCCUUUUAACCAUUUUAUUUUUUUCUCGCCUCUUCGAUUAGUUCUUGCCUGUGGGGAAGCUGUUUUUAAUUUAUUAACAAGUUUAUUGAAUUGAAUUGUAGUAGUAGUCAGUGGGGAUGGAUAUCCUUGUAACUGCAUGUAUGUAUAUCUAUGUAUGUAUAUGCUACCAGGUUUCUUUC